CCCGUCUAUGCCGUCUAUGCCAUCUAUGCCUUCUGUUUCACCAUGCGGUCGUUUGCUGUUCUGUUUCGUGCUGCGUAGUGACCUUAUUCGGUCAUCGUUUCUUUUUCUGUCUGGUGGGUUUGAGCUCAUCGUUGUCGGGCGAUCGUUUCUUUGUGCGUGCCUGUCGUUUGGGCGCGUUCUAGGGCUCUUGGUGAAGAGCGUAUGUCUGGUUCUCGGCUUUGGUGGUCGUCUCGGCCACGGUGCUUUGGUGUGUCUGGCGGUCGCCGCCUUCGUCAGGCGAUGGGGUGCGGCCCAGACAUCUCAGUGGAUGGUUUCUUGA